GGACAUUUGUGUCAGAGCCGUGCUUUCUUGCUCUCUUUCAUCUCUCUACUUUCUCAGUUUCUCUCUCUAAGAUCUUGGCCCCUCUUCCGCUGAUCUGAUCCUUUGUGUCAGAACCAAAUCUUCUCCUUCUUCUUCCUCCGCUGAUUCUCUCUCUCCUCUCAUCUUCUCUUCUCUGUUUGGUUGGAAGGUGCGAGGUGAGGUGAGGUGGGGGUGAGGGGGUGGGAGGUUGGGCCGGCCCGUUUCAUGGACGCGAAGAGAACGAGGCGUUCUCUACCGCCGCCGUCACCGCCGCCGCCGAACCCUAACCCUAGCCGACGCGGCGGAUUCUUCGGGAGAGAGGAAGCGGCGGCGGGAGAGAGGAAGCACAUGCUGGCCUUCCACUUCCUGCGGGCGCUGUCACGCAUCCACCGGGAGGCCACGCCCGUGACGCGGCGCACGCGGACCAUCCGCCGGGCGGCCUACUCCUCCAUGGCGCGGGCAGCGAGCCCGCGCCGCGCGUGGAGCCGGGCGCUGCUCGGCCAGGCGCGCGCGCGGAGGUCCAGGGCGAUGAUGAGGCGGGCAGUGCUCGUGCGGAGGAGGCGCGUCGUCGUCCCCGCCUCCGCGAGGCCACCCGCGGCACCCCCAUCGCCCGUCUCGGCCGCCGCCGCCGCUAGAGCCGACAGAAUUGUUGCUGCCGGAGAGACAUCGACAGCCGCGGCGGCGACUCGGGCUCUUCCGCUGCGGCAGCCGGGCGAGCCGCAGAGGGCCGACGCGCUCCGACGCCUGGUCCCCGGCGGCGCCGGCAUGGAGUACUGCAGCCUCCUGGAGGAGACCGCCGACUACCUGCGCUCGCUGCGCGCGCAGGUGCAGCUGAUGCAGAGCCUCGUCGACCUUUACUCCUGCCAAUGAUCCAUCGAGUAAUUAACAUAUGCAUCAUAUGGUUAAUUAUUUCUUCGUCUUGCACCAUCAUAUGCUGCUUCUGCUGCUGUUCUAUUUCUACCUAGAUCAUAUCGACCUAUCGAUCGUAUCCCUUGUUCAUGUGGAUCGAUUCGAUGCAUCAUCAUGGUUAAGAUAGGGGGAUUAUUGGGAGUAAUUAAGUGGAGGAAAUAGGAGAUUUGGUGGUGUUAAUAUACAUGUUUUUGUUUUGUUGGUAAGAUUAUUGGUAGGUGAUAAAAAGAUUAUUGGAUACAUAUAUACAUCCAUGUAUAGCAGUAUAGACCGGCCACACAGAAUUGAACUGCACCAAGAAGGCUACAUAGAGAUCAGAAAGAGAGGUAAUUAAUUGUAACAUAUAAAGUGAAGGAUGAAGUUACCUACAGUACUGUAUGCUAGUGAAUUAGUGCAGUGUUAAUUGUUGUCACUUGUCAGUAAAUCGAUUUAUCUGCGCAUAAAUGUGUGCUUGUGAAUUGUGAAACAUGCAUGCAUGUUUCUAAUCUUUCAGCUAUAUGUGAUGUGUUGGUAGAUAUUAUUACAGACACAUGUGCACUUUUUUGUUAGUUUCCUUUCCCCUCAUCUUUUGUAGGCUUAUCUGAUUGGUGGAAUAAACAGGUAAUUUC